CAUGGGCUGCGGCUAAGAUUUCCUAAUUCUUUUAUAAUUAUUUUUGCUUGUGUUAUUUCAAUAAUAUUAUUUAAAAUGGCAUGUAAAAUUCACAGAGUGCGCUAUUAUAAUCCUAAGCCAGAAUCAAUUCACUGUGUGGCGUUUAAUAAAACUAGCAAACUUCUUGCGCUAGCCAGAGGCAAUGCUACUAUUGAAAUUUGGGACAUGAACUAUGCACCCUUUCUGCUUAAAUUCAUACCGGGCACUGAAAACACGUCGGUUGAAGGUUUAGGUUGGGUUCACGACCGACUGCUAUCAACGGGUUUGAGCGGAGCCUUGAUCGAAUGGGAUCUGGACACCCUCGCUAUAAAAACGAAUGUUGUGCUCACUGGCUAUGCGGCGUGGUGUCUCGACGUUAAUUCUGACAAUACCCUAGUAGCUGUGGGCACAGAACAAGGUUAUCUAAAUCUCUAUUCCGUCGAAAACGAUGAAAUAGUUUACAAAAAAAUAUUUGACAAGCAAGAAGGUCGGAUAAUGUGCUGUAAAUUUAACAAGAAUGGCAAUGUUCUAGCAACAGGUUCAAUAGAUACCAUAAGAGUGUGGAAUGUGGAAACUGGACAUGCCACUUGCAGGAUGUCUGUGAGCAGAAAGGGUAGGGAGAACAUAGUGUGGACCCUGGCCAUGCUGGCAGACAAUGUCCUUGUGUCAGGAGACAGUUUUGGUAGACUCACAUUCUGGGAUGGUCAAUUAGGGGAACAGAUUGAGUCAUAUACAACACACAGAGCUGACAUAUUGUCUUUAGUUGUCUCAGAAGAUGAAAACAGUUUGUACUGCAGUGGAGUUGAUCCUGUCAUUGUAAACUUUAUCAAGGUUAACAAUAGCAGUGGUAAACAGUCAACAGCUCAGUGGGUGAAAAACAUACAGAGGAAUAUACAUGAACAUGAUGUUAGGUCAUUAAUAUUGAAUGGCAACAAACUGAUAUCUCUAGGGUCAGAUGGAUACCUCACACAGUCCAGCUACCCACCCAAGUGGGUGAUGAGACUUCCGCCCAUGAUCCCAGGCCCCAGGACCUUUGUUGCUGCUGAGAAUAAGCUAUUACUGUUAAGAUACAGUAACCAUAUUGAAGUAUGGAAGCUGGGUUCAUAUGCUACAGACAAGAGUGGCGAAGCUAAAAUUGCAAAAACACACACAAAACACCUCUCUAAAAGUAAAGAAGACAGUAACAAUCUAGAAGAAGACUGUCAGACUAUGUUUAAUGGUGACAAACAGUCAAACAAACAAAACUUGACUAUCACAGAGAAUCCAAUAAAAUUGGUUUCAAUACAGAGUAAGAAGAAGAAGCAAAUAUUGUGUUGCGCCAUGUCCCCGAGUGGAGAGAUGGUAGUUUACUCCACUGAUAGCGACAUGAGGAUACUAAAAUUAGACUGCGACGAUGAGCAGAAUAUCUCAGUAUCGAAGGUGCUAGUGAGCGGUAUAUCGCGGUGCGACCGAGCAGUGUUCGCGGCGGACUCGCGCGCGCUCGCGGCGCACUGGGCGGGGCAAGUGUGUAUACUGCACGUAGACCCCACCGCCGCCGCAGCAGUCGUUCAGAGUAUAGAUACGGAGAAACAUUUGAAAUCCAACUCGUUAAUCCAUCUCACUCUAUCUGAGAGGACUAAUUCUGGUGCGAUAUACCUGGCGGCCGCGGGCAUGAAGGGUGACGUAGCGGUGUGGAUACAAAGACCGGACUCCAAGAAGUUUGAAUACCACGCCACCCUACCCAAGUACAGAUGUGUACCGUCCGCCAUGAUGGUCCAUCCUGAUAAGGAGACGUUGGUUGCAGUACAUGUGGAUCAGAAGAUAAUCGAGUACGAUCUGUUCAACAAAGUGGUGACGAAAUGGCCGGGCGGUUCUCUGCCGGCGGCGUGGACGUCGCGCGCCGUCGCCGCCAGCUCGCUGGCGCCGCACCCGCAACGAGACGCCAUACUCGUCACUGAUGACACUUCGCUGUGGGUGCUAGAUAGGACGGCUAAGAACGAUUACGACCGUGACGGUCCAGAGGAAAAGAAAAAGAGACAGAAAGGUUCAGCCGGUAACAUGGGACUAAACAUCGUGCCAGUGAAGUACCUGGCGGGUUUCCACUGGUUGGGCGAGGACGAAGCGGUCAUAGUGGAGGUGUUGCCAGAACACAUCGUGUCCCAGCUACCCCCUGUAUUAGCCAUUAAGAAACACAAUAGAGAUAAAUUAUAGAUUACAAUUAAAUAAUA